UCCUUCAGCGGCUGCAGAUGGCAUCCGGCUGCGGGCUCCGGGCUGGCCAUUGACUGUCCCCUUUGCCCACCGCGGGCCCACGGACGCACCUCUCUCUUCCCUUCCUCCCCUCGCGCUCCUGGGUUAGAGCGCAGCUCCGGAUCGCCGGGCGAAGGAAGCAGUCGCGGCGGCCGAGGCUGAGCUGUAGGGCGCUCGCUCCCUGAUUUGGGGAGAAGCGCCCAUCCGGGAGAGCCGACCCCCGGCUGCCUCCAGCGCCCCCCAUCUUUUGCACCCCAAGUCGGGGCUCCAGGGACCCCCUCUCCAGGCGGCACCAUGCUGGACCCUUCGUCCAGCGAAGAGGAAUCGGAUGAGAUCGUGGAGGAGGAGAGCGGCAAGGAGGUGCUGGGCUCGGCCGCGUCCGGCGCGCGCCUGUCUCCCAGCCGCACCAGCGAGGGCUCGGGCGGCGGCGCCGGGCUGGGGGGCGGCGGCGGUGCGGGCGCCGGGGCCGGGAUGGGCGCCGGCGGCGGGGGCAGCGGCGCGAGCACCGGCGGCGGGGCCGGGGGGCUGCAGCCCAGCAGCCGCGCCGGCGGCGGCCGGCCCUCCAGCCCCAGCCCGUCGGUGGUGAGCGAGAAGGAGAAGGAGGAGUUGGAGCGGCUGCAGAAGGAGGAAGAAGAGAGGAAGAAGCGGCUGCAGCUCUACGUGUUCGUGAUGCGCUGCAUCGCCUACCCCUUCAACGCCAAGCAGCCCACCGACAUGGCUCGCCGGCAGCAGAAGAUCAGCAAACAGCAGCUGCAGACCGUCAAGGACCGCUUUCAGGCUUUCCUCAACGGGGAAACCCAGAUCGUGGCUGACGAGGCCUUCAUGAACGCCGUGCAGAGUUACUAUGAGGUGUUCCUGAAGAGCGACCGCGUGGCCCGCAUGGUGCAGAGUGGGGGCUGCUCCGCCAACGACUCUCGGGAGGUCUUCAAGAAGCACAUCGAGAAGAGGGUGCGCAGCCUCCCCGAGAUCGAUGGCCUCAGCAAGGAGACGGUGCUGAGCUCCUGGAUGGCCAAGUUCGAUGCCAUCUACCGCGGGGAAGAGGACCCGAGGAAGCAGCAGGCCCGGAUGACCGCCAGCGCAGCCUCUGAGCUGAUUCUGAGCAAAGAGCAACUCUACGAGAUGUUCCAGAACAUUCUCGGGAUCAAGAAGUUUGAACAUCAGCUCUUGUACAACGCCUGCCAGCUGGACAAUCCGGAUGAGCAGGCAGCACAGAUCCGACGGGAGCUGGAUGGACGACUCCAAAUGGCAGACCAAAUAGCCAGGGAACGCAAAUUCCCCAAGUUCGUAUCCAAAGAAAUGGAAAACAUGUACAUCGAGGAGCUGAAGUCGUCCGUCAACCUGCUCAUGGCCAACUUGGAGAGCAUGCCGGUGUCCAAGGGCGGCGAGUUCAAGCUUCAGAAGCUCAAGCGCAGCCACAACGCUUCCAUCAUCGACCUGGGCGAGGAGAGUGAGAACCAGCUCUCCAAGUCAGACGUCGUGCUGGCUUUCUCCUUGGAGGUGGUGAUCAUGGAAGUGCAAGGCCUCAAAUCCUUGGCUCCCAAUCGCAUUGUGUACUGCACAAUGGAGGUGGAAGGGGGAGAGAAACUACAGACGGACCAGGCCGAGGCGUCUAAGCCCACCUGGGGCACCCAGGGCGACUUCUCCACGACCCACGCGCUGCCUGCUGUGAAGGUGAAGCUGUUCACAGAGAGCACCGGCGUCCUGGCCUUGGAGGACAAGGAACUCGGGCGGGUUAUUCUCCAUCCCACCCCGAACAGCCCCAAGCAGUCAGAGUGGCACAAAAUGACAGUCUCCAAAAACUGCCCCGAUCAAGACCUCAAAAUCAAACUCGCUGUCCGAAUGGAUAAGCCUCAAAACAUGAAGCAUUCUGGGUAUUUAUGGGCCAUCGGCAAGAAUGUCUGGAAGAGAUGGAAGAAAAGGUUCUUCGUGUUGGUGCAGGUCAGUCAGUACACCUUCGCCAUGUGCAGUUACCGGGAGAAGAAAGCGGAGCCCCAGGAGCUGCUGCAGCUGGACGGCUACACUGUGGAUUACACCGACCCCCAGCCAGGUUUGGAAGGUGGCCGAGCCUUCUUUAAUGCAGUCAAAGAAGGAGACACUGUGAUAUUUGCAAGUGAUGAUGAGCAAGAUCGCAUCCUGUGGGUCCAAGCCAUGUACCGGGCCACUGGGCAGUCACACAAGCCUGUGCCCCCGACCCAAGUGCAGAAACUCAACGCCAAGGGAGGGAACGUACCCCAGCUGGAUGCCCCCAUAUCCCAAUUCUACGCAGAUAGAGCUCAAAAGCAUGGCAUGGAUGAAUUUAUCUCGUCCAACCCCUGUAACUUUGACCACGCUUCCCUCUUUGAGAUGGUGCAACGCCUUACUUUGGAUCACAGACUUAAUGAUUCCUAUUCUUGCCUGGGCUGGUUCAGUCCUGGCCAGGUGUUUGUGCUAGAUGAGUACUGUGCCCGGAACGGAGUCCGCGGGUGUCACCGGCAUCUCUGCUACCUCAGAGACCUGCUGGAGCGGGCGGAGAACGGCGCCAUGAUCGACCCCACCCUCCUCCACUACAGCUUUGCCUUCUGUGCAUCCCACGUCCACGGGAACAGUCAACAAAUGCAUGUGUACCUUAGUGGGCUGCCACCACACACAGACCCUGAAGGGAGCAAAACUCCCUCCCCAUCUGAACCAGAGGCUAAAAAAGACACAAAAAAGGAAUGUAAACGAAGAAAAGAUUUCAAAACUCAGGCAAACCCAGAGCCCAAAAGGCCCGAUGGGAUCGGAACUGUGACUGUGGAAGAAAAGGAACGUUUUGAAGAAAUCAAAGAGAGACUCCGAGUUCUGUUGGAAAAUCAGAUUACGCAUUUUAGGUACUGCUUCCCAUUUGGUCGACCCGAAGGUGCUUUGAAAGCUACUCUCUCACUCCUGGAAAGGGUUUUGAUGAAAGACAUCGUUACCCCAGUGCCACAAGAGGAGGUAAAAACAGUCAUCCGUAAAUGUCUAGAGCAAGCUGCUUUAGUCAACUAUUCCCGGCUAUCAGAGUAUGCCAAAAUCGAAGAAAAUGUAGGCCGGUUAAUCACUCCCGCCAAAAAGCUCGAAGACACAAUCCGUCUCGCUGAACUAGUCAUUGAGGUUCUCCAGCAGAAUGAGGAGCAUCACGCAGAGGCCUUUGCGUGGUGGUCGGACUUGAUGGUGGAGCACGCCGAGACGUUCUUGUCGCUCUUCGCGGUGGACAUGGAUGCAGCGUUAGAGGUGCAGCCACCAGACACGUGGGACAGUUUCCCACUGUUCCAGCUGCUGAAUGACUUUCUGCGCACCGACUAUAAUCUGUGCAAUGGAAAGUUCCACAAGCACCUGCAAGACCUGUUUGCCCCACUUGUGGUUAGAUAUGUGGAUCUGAUGGAGUCCUCAAUUGCACAAUCCAUUCACAGGGGCUUUGAGCGGGAGUCAUGGGAACCAGUCAAGAGUUUAACCAGUAACCUACCCAAUGUGAACCUACCCAAUGUGAACCUUCCCAAAGUACCAAAUCUACCAGUUAACAUCCCUCUAGGCAUCCCACAAAUGCCUACUUUUUCGGCACCGUCAUGGAUGGCUGCUAUAUAUGAUGCUGACAACGGAUCAGGCACCUCGGAGGAUCUGUUCUGGAAGCUCGAUGCCCUUCAGACCUUCAUUCGGGACUUACACUGGCCCGAGGAAGAGUUUGGGAAGCACCUGGAGCAGCGGCUGAAGCUGAUGGCAAGUGACAUGAUAGAAUCUUGUGUCAAAAGAACCAGGAUUGCAUUUGAAGUUAAGCUGCAAAAAACCAGUCGAUCAACAGAUUUUCGAGUCCCACAGUCAAUAUGCACCAUGUUUAAUGUUAUGGUUGAUGCCAAAGCUCAAUCAACAAAACUUUGCAGCAUGGAAAUGGGCCAAGAGCAUCAAUACCAUUCAAAAAUAGACGAACUAAUUGAAGAAACUGUUAAAGAAAUGAUAACACUCUUGGUGGCAAAGUUCGUUACUAUCUUGGAAGGAGUGUUGGCAAAAUUAUCCAGAUAUGACGAAGGGACCUUGUUUUCUUCUUUCUUGUCAUUCACCGUGAAGGCAGCUUCCAAGUAUGUGGAUGUACCUAAACCCGGGAUGGACGUGGCCGAUGCCUACGUGACUUUCGUCCGCCACUCUCAGGAUGUCCUUCGUGAUAAGGUCAAUGAGGAGAUGUACAUAGAAAGGUUAUUUGAUCAAUGGUACAACAGCUCCAUGAGUGUGAUCUGCACCUGGUUGACGGACCGGAUGGACUUACAGCUUCACAUUUAUCAGUUGAAAACACUAAUUAGGAUGGUAAAGAAAACCUACAGGGACUUCCGAUUGCAAGGGGUCCUGGACUCGACCUUGAACAGCAAGACGUAUGAAACCAUCCGGAACCGUCUCACUGUGGAGGAAGCCACGGCGUCGGUGAGCGAGGGCGGCGGCCUGCAGGGCAUCAGCAUGAAGGACAGCGACGAGGAGGACGAAGAGGACGAUUAGAAGGCCCGGGCCUGGACCCUGUAACCAAUGCAUGUCCUUAGUCUGUUAGUUACCCCCUUAGGGAAUUUUCUGUCCCCCCCACCACGCCCAUGAGAUGUUUACCAAUACAAUUGCCAUUUUAGCUCUGUGGUAUCAAGAUUAGCAAAUGACCUUCAAGCCCCCCCAUCUCCUGACCCACGACUAUAUGUUUACAGCGAUCUGAAGCACCAUUCUUUAAGUCCUGUUCAUGGAGAACACGUAGUCCCACUGCUAGGCGUGUCCCUUUGCCAGCAAAAUCAAAUGAUGCUUCAUUAACGUACCGUGUAUGCGUUGACAGUGAAUGGAUGUGAGGGCCAGUUCACCCCGUACUUUCACUUCUUUGUUUCACGUAUGUGGAUGUCAGUUAUUUAAAUGAGUAUAAUAAAUAUUUAACUAAGACACAUAGUUCCGCUUUGUUUUUUGAGAAACAAGAGGCAACGCCCCAACAACCAACGUUUGGUUCUCUCUGUUCCCUUCAAGCUGAAAAAUGGAACCCCUGGCGACCUUGUUACCACCCUUUCAUUUCUCCUUAUAGUCAGCCAAAACAGGAUGGCUACGUACCUGUAGGUUGAUCCUCCUCAUUGCCAUGGCAAAGGUUAUCCCUCCGAGACUCCACAUCAAGCACAGUUCAGAGCAACUGUCUUCUGUCCAACUUUAUCCUAUUACAUGUGACAUUAUGCUUUUCUGUUUCAAUAACCAUGUAUGUAAAAAACUGAGUAUUUAAAUUACAACCCUAGACUAUACCUGUGUUUAUAAUAAGAUCUGGGUAUUUCCCUCAGUAGACUGUAACCAUGAUUUCAAUGGUUUGGUUCCACCUGUUUUUUAUAUCUGUCAUGUACAUUGCAUUUUGACCUGUAACUGCAAGACCCUGGGGUCCGCUGCAGAGCUUUCUUUCUGUGUAAACUAGUGGAUCCAUCCUGCUUUUGCCUUAUAUAAAGCCUACAGUUAUGAAAGUGUGAACAACUGUGGCUUCUCAAUAAAGAACUAUUCAAACGUCCGAAGAA